UAAAGCGAGAGCGGCGCGCGACGGACCGGCAGACGAAACCGGAGACGCGGAAGGUGACGGACAACCUGUAACCACACUAAACUAGUAUUACAGAUUACUUCAAGUCUUUUAACAUUAAAUCUGAAAACUGGAACCUUGCACAAUACAUUUUCCUUCUGCUCGGAGAAUAUCAUUAAAGGUUCAUCAUCAUGCCUGAGAAAGUUCGUAUCAACAGCGCCGAUGUGAAAUACACGGAGAAACACAUCGAGUCGCGUUACUGUUACCCCACUGCCUCCGUGCGCAGAGAUGGAGACACGUUCACUGUGACGCCCUCCAGCACCGAGUUCACCUUCCGCACCGAGAGGAAGGUGCCUAGGCUGGGUGUGAUGCUGGUGGGAUGGGGUGGAAAUAACGGGACCACGGUCACAGCUGCUGUCCUGGCCAAUAAACUGGGUCUGACCUGGAAAACCAAGACCGGCGUUAAGAAAGCGAAUUACUACGGCUCGUUGCUGGAGUCGUCUACGGUGUGUCUGGGAUCCGGUCCGGAUGGAGAGGUUUACGCUCCCUUCAGAGAUCUGCUGCCGAUGGUGCAUCCCAAUGACAUCGUGUUUGAUGGCUGGGAUAUCUCAUCUCUGGACCUCGGCAGAGCCAUGGAGCGCGCUCAGGUUCUGGACUGGAGUCUGCAGGAGAAGCUCCGCCCACACAUGAGCCAGAUCAAACCCAGACCCUCCGUCUACAUCCCAGAAUUCAUUGCUGCUAAUCAGGAGCAGCGGGCCGACAACCUCAUCAGAGGAAGCAAAGCAGAACAGGUGGAUCAGAUCCGCAGAGACAUCCGUGAUUUCAGAAAGAAGAGCGGCGUGGAUAAAGUCAUCGUUCUCUGGACCGCAAACACGGAGCGAUUCUGUGACGUGCUUCCCGGAGUCAACGACACGGCCGAGAACCUGCUCAACAGCAUUCAGACGGGGCGUGAAGUCUCUCCCUCCACCAUGUUUGCGGUGGCCAGUGUUCUGGAGGGCUGCGCCUACAUUAACGGCUCGCCGCAGAACACGUUUGUCCCCGGAGCCGUGGAGCUGGCCCUCCAGCGCGGCGUCUUCAUCAGUGGAGACGACUUCAAAUCCGGACAGACCAAACUCAAGUCUGUGCUGGUGGACUUCCUGAUCAGCGCUGGAAUCAAGCCAACUUCUAUAGUGAGUUAUAAUCAUCUCGGCAACAACGACGGUCUGAAUCUGUCGGCGCCGCAGCAGUUUCGCUCUAAAGAAAUCUCUAAGAGUAACGUUGUGGAUGACAUGGUGCAGUCGAACCCCAUACUGUACCGACCCGGAGAGAAGCCCGACCACUGCGUGGUUAUUAAAUAUGUGCCCUAUGUGGGCGACAGCAAGCGUGCGAUGGAUGAGUACACGUCUGAGAUCAUGAUGGGAGGAACAAACACCAUCGCUCUGCACAACACCUGUGAGGACUCUCUGCUGGCCAGUCCCAUUAUUCUGGAUCUGGUGAUCCUGACAGAGCUGUGUCAGAGAAUCACGUUCUGCACGCAGGACGAUCCGGUUUUCCAGGGCUUUCACAGCAUCCUCUCGCUGCUGAGCUUCCUCUGCAAAGCUCCUCUCGUGCCGCAGGGGGCGCCGGUGGUCAACGCCUUCUUCCGCCAGCGUGCGUGCAUCGAGAACGUCAUGAGAGCGUGCCUCGGCCUGCCGCCGCAGAAUCACAUGCAGCUGGAGCACAAGAUGAAGAGGAGCUUCAUGCACUCUGAUGGAAACCACAUCCUUCAUCCCGUCCUCAUGAACGGAAAGCUCGAGCAUAUCAACAGCUAUCAGUCUGUAAAAUGCAUUGACAUUAACGGUCAUGAGAAGGUUCGACACACAGUCACAUAAAAACCUGCAAGCACUCCAAGAUUAGCUACACGUUUACUACUGCUUUAAAUCCGUUUCAGUCAAACUCAGUUGCUUUAUUAUGCGAAGCCUUGCUCAGUUUUUGUACUUAACUACUUGUUCUUGUUUAGCCAGUACUGUAUCUCUGGAUGAAAUAUUCAUCUAUGCAUUCCCAGCCGUGCAAUCUUUUUCCAAGUUUUGUACAGAAAUGCACCGAGAAACUAAAUGAAUUCAUUCUUGAACAGUGAUAAUUGUUGUUGCAUUUGGCAAAUGUAUAAAUACAGUUGUGGAGACACUCAUAAAAGAAUUGAUUUAAUAAAAAUUAUCAAUUUGA